CGUCUUCACAAUUCAUCAUCCUUCUUCCUGAUUUCUCUCCUCGGGGUACAAUGCCAGAUCUCAAUUCCGGAACCCAGAUCUCGUUCUCCCAGGCCUUCUUAUGCAGUGCUUUUGCUGCUUGUUUAGCCGAGUUCUGUACUAUUCCUCUUGACACAGCUAAGGUUAGGCUUCAACUCCAAAAGAAAGCUGCAACAGGUGACGGAACGGGAAUACCUAAAUAUAGGGGCUUGCUGGGCACAGUUAAAACUAUUGCUAGAGAAGAAGGCUUAUUAGCUCUGUGGAAAGGCAUUAUUCCUGGUUUACAUCGCCAGUUUGUGUAUGGAGGCUUAAGAAUUGGGUUAUAUGAUCCAGUCAAAACAUUUCUUGUUGGUAGUGCAUUCGUUGGAGAGAUUCCUUUAUACCAAAUGAUACUUGCUGCUAUGUUGACUGGUGCUCUGGGAAUCAUGGUUGCUAACCCAACUGAUCUAGUCAAAGUAAGACUUCAAUCUGAAGGACAGUUACCAAUCGGGGUGCCUAGGCGUUAUUCUGGUUCUAUGGAUGCUUAUUUUACUAUAAUGAGACAGGAAGGAUUAGGGGCUUUGUGGACUGGGCUCGGGCCUAAUAUAGCACGGAAUGCAAUUAUAAAUGCUGCUGAACUAGCUAGUUACGAUAAAGUGAAACGGACAAUUUUGACAAUUCCAGGGUUCACAGACAACGUCUUCUCUCACCUCCUAGCUGGCUUAGGUGCAGGUCUUUUUGCUGUCUUCAUCGGUUCCCCUGUGGAUGUGGUAAAAUCAAGAAUGAUGGGAGAUUCAACAUACAGAAACACGCUUGACUGCUUUCUCAAGACACUGUUUACCGAGGGAUUUUUGGCUUUCUAUAAGGGUUUCUUUCCUAAUUUUGCUCGGGUGGGGCUCUGGAACGUGGUUAUGUUUUUAACUCUUGAGCAAGCCAAGAGAUUUUUCAGGGGACCGUCAUAGCUACUGCUAAUGAUUCUGAGAUUCACUAAGCAGACAAAGUGUACUCCUUCGUAUGGUCCUCAACAAAUUGUUGGGCGAAGGCAGCCUAUUAUUUUUGUUUCAAAUAUUUGUUUUUGCCAUUCGGCAUCAAGGUUUACGUAUUCUUAAACAUCGAAGAGACAGCCAAUCAUACUUAUAUUUGGGCCAACUUUCUCAGUUGGCACGGAAGCCUCUCUUUCCUCAGUGGUUUGUUCAACAACUGUAGAGAAUUCAGGUUCAUGUAUCAGAGGUCUGGUGUAUUAUUUUUUUUUUUCUUUUUUCUGAGGAAGAAGCUACUUAAUCCACCAAUGUGUUGCGUAGACAAACAACAUCAAAGCCUGUAUUUUUUUCUUUCUUCGUUUUUUUUUUUAAAAUUCCCCUAGCCCUGUAUCUGUAUGAAAUAAUAAAAGUUGUUAUUCAUUUAGUGCUCAUUAUGCAUUCACCUUCUUCAUCA